GAUGCAUGCGGGUAAAUAUAAAUAGUUGGGAGGCGGUCUUUUUCGUAUUUGUCGCGGUUGCCCCUCUGCUUAUCUGGAGACUGCGCUGGACCCUCACUCCUCUCUUCUUCCUCCUUUUCCUAUUGCAUGGUUUUGGUGUUAGGAGGCAAUGCAGAAUAAUUCAUCAAAGAACAAAUGUUCAUCUGCAUCUCACCAGCAGAUGGUGGACAAUGCCAAGAACCGGCUAAAUUUUCUCCAAGAUCAGUUCACUGAUCUUCAAGCAGCUAGGAAGGAAGGUCGAGCCGGUGAUGUUGCAGUGUUAGAGGAGCAAGUUUAUCAGAAUCUUCGUGAGUGGAAAGCUGAGCUCUGCACACCAUCCCCGGCCUCUUCUUUAUUGGGUAGUCUUGGAUCAUUCUCUGAUGAUAUAAACCGAUUGUUGCAACUGUACGAGGAGGAAGAUGAUGCCACUAGUCCAUUAAAGGAGCCAGCUGUGCUGAAGCCUGAGAUUGAUGAUCAAAGCCUAAAUCCCAGUACUUUACCUGUAAUUCCCGAGGACUAUUUUGUGACUCAUGAGCCACAAGAACAAUCAUUUCAAGGGUUUGAUUUAUGCAAAGUUUCUACCUCGGCUAAUGCUGACAUAAAUUAUCAAUUGGAUUAUCAUCCAUUUGAUUUACAACAAGAUUUUGACCAUGAGCAUCUCCUCGAUGCCAAUGGCACUGAAGAUUAUGUGAAGGAUGCUAACUCCAACAUGCUGCCAAAUAUCUCUCCUCCACCAUCUGCUUUCAUGGGUCCGAAGUGUGCACUGUGGGAUUGUACAAGGCCUGCUCAAGGAUCUGACUGGUUUCAGGACUACUGUAGCAGUUUUCAUGCUACCCUAGCUCUGAAUGAAGACCCCCCUGGCACAACUCCCAUUCUACGCCCUGGUGGAAUUAGUUUAAAGGAUAAUUUACUACUUGAUGCAGUUCGAGCAAAGGCACAGGGUAAGAAUGUUGGCAUCCCUCAAUGUGAAGGAGCCGCUACCAUGAAAUCUCCUUGGAAUGCUACUGAGCUAUUUGAUCUUUCUUUACUCGAGGGUGAAAUAAUCAGGGAGUGGCUCUUCUUUGAUAAGCCUAGGAGGGCAUUUGAGAGUGGAAACAGAAAGCAAAGGUCAUUACCAGAUUACUCUGGACGUGGUUGGCAUGAAUCGAGGAAGCAGGUGAUGAAGGAAUUUGCAGGCCAAAAGAGGUCAUACUACAUGGACCCGCAACCUUCUGGCAAAUAUGAAUGGCACUUGUUCGAAUAUGAGAUAUAUGGUUGUGAUGCUUUUGCUUUAUAUAGACUGGAGCUGAAGCUUGCGAAUCAAAAGAAGAGUCCCAAAGCAAAAGUUCCAAAGGAUUCGCUUGCUGAUCUACAGAAGAAAAUGGGAAGGCUCACUGCUGAAGUCCCUGGAGAUGACAAACCUCCUGGUAAGGGCAAGACAAAGGCAAACAAGAAAGCGGCCAUGGCUGCUGCUGCAGCGGCAAAUGUUAAUUCUGCUCAAGAUUAGAUGAGCGGUAAGACUGACGAGGUGAAUUAUGGUUAUAAUGUUUCUGAAAGAAGAAAAUUGACUAGUUGUGCAUUUGGCAUCCAGUGUUAUUCUGCAUCAAGCUUUGCUGUAGUUGGUCUAUAGAUAGAGACCAAAGAUUGCAGUGUCAUUUUCUUAAAAGAACUUUUUUUCCUUUAUUCCUUCAGUUGCUGCUUGCUGGCUUUUUUACUGCUUAUAUGGUGUUUAUGUACAGUUAGAGUAAGCGGAAACCUUUAUUAUAUUAAACUGGGGAGGGAGGUAAAUGGUAAAUUGUAGAUGAAGAAAAUUUUAUGUAGGGAAACAUGUUAAUUUCUCCCUAAUAUUUGAUGCAGUUUAUUAUUAAUCCAAAGCAGUGGAUUGUUUUCUCUCA